AUGGUCUCCAUCGUUUUAGGUAGUCAAUGGGGAGAUGAAGGAAAGGGGAAGAUCACAGAUAUGCUGUCGCAGAAGGCGACGCUGUGCGCUCGUGCUGCCGGUGGUCACAACGCUGGCCACACUAUCGUUCACGAGAACGUAACUUACGACUUCCACAUCCUUCCCUCCGGUCUCGUCUCGCCCUCAUGUAUCAACCUCAUCGGCGCUGGAACCGUCUUCCACGUUCCUAGCUUCUUCAAGGAGCUUGCUCAACUCGAGACCAAGGGUCUCUCCUCCGCCGGAAAGCGUAUCUUCGUUUCCGACCGCGCACACGUUUGCUUCGAUCUCCACUCCGUCGUCGACGGUCUCGAGGAGAAGGGUCUCGGUGGUCGCAAGGUCGGUACAACUGGUAAGGGUAUCGGUCCCUGCUACUCCGAUAAGGCCGCACGCCGCGGUGUGCGUGUCGGUGAGAUCUUAGAUGAGGAGACCUUCGAGCGCAAGCUGCGCACCCUUGACAUCUCCUACCGUGCGCGUUUCGGCGAGCUGGCCUACGACGUGGAGGAUGAGAUUGCGCGCUUCAAGGAAUACCGCGCCAAGCUGAAGCCCUUCAUCGUCGACCAACUCGAGUUCCUACAGGAACACCAGAACUCCCCCAACACCCUGGUCGAGGGUGCUAACGCUCUCAUGCUCGACCUCGACCACGGCACAUACCCCUUCGUCACCUCAUCCUCCACCGGUCUCGGUGGUGCCGUGCAGGCCCUCGCUCUCAACCCCUCAAGCAUCAAGAACGUCAUCGGUGUGCUGAAGGCCUACACCACCCGUGUCGGAUCCGGUCCUUUCCCCAGUGAACAGCUCAACGCCGAUGGCGAGAAGCUUCAAAGUGUCGGUCGCGAAUUCGGCGUGACAACCGGCCGCAAGCGUCGUUGCGGAUGGUUGGAUCUCGUCCUUGCCCGCUACUCUCACGCUAUCAACCACUACACUGCGCUUAACCUCACCAAGCUUGAUGUGCUGGAUGACUUUGACGAGAUCAAGGUUGGCGUCGCAUACGUUCUGCCUUGCGGUAAGCGGACGACUGGAUCGUUCCCCGCUGACCCUAAUGUCGUUGAGAAGAUUAAGGUCGAGUAUGUUACUCUGCCUGGUUGGAAGUGCAAUACUAUGGGUGUUACUAAGUACGAGGAUUUGCCUGCCAACGCUAAGGCUUAUAUUGAGUUUAUUGAGCGGGAAAUUGGCGGUGUUCCUAUCAAGUGGAUCGGAACUGGUCCUGCGAGAGAGCACAUGAUUGCGCGUGAUUAG